GAAGAGGCCCCACAUCGAAGACGGAAACGACUAAAGGAUGAAGCUGCGGCGGCAGCGAAUAUGACUGCGGCGGGUACAGAAUCAUCCGGAGGCGAGAAGCAACUCCCGCCAGACGCAUCCUCGACACUAUCACAAGACGCGGCCGCCGCGCCUGCAAAAUCUUUUCGUCGUGUCUUUUCGAGCUAUCUAGCACUGACGAAACCUCGCCUUGCAUUUCUUAUUGUUCUCACAACGACUGCUUCUUACUCAAUAUACCCGGUGCCAGCUUUACUCAGUACGACUGUGACUUCGGCGCCAUCUUUGAGCACGCUCACACUCCUUUUCCUUACAACGGGCACAUUCCUCGCGAUUGCAUCCGCCAACACUCUGAACAUGCUCUUUGAGCCUCAACAUGAUGCGAAAAUGAGCCGCACACGUAAUCGCCCCCUGGUCCGCGGUCUCGUGAGCUCACGAGCUGCCCUCAUUUUCGCUGCAGCCACUGGUGCUGCAGGCACUGUCCUUCUGUGGUAUGGCGUCAAUCCAACGACUGCACUCCUCGGUGCAACGAACAUCGCUCUGUAUGCUUUUGCCUAUACUCCGCUGAAGCGCAUCCAUCCCGUCAACACCUGGGUGGGUGCCAUAGUUGGAGCCAUUCCGCCUUUGAUGGGUUGGUGCGCGGCGGGCAGCCAAUACGUGACCAGUGUCCCUCAAGCAAACAGCAGCGAUGGAGGCUUCUUGUCGAGCCUCGUCGCCGAGUCCUCCGAGCUUCUCUUCACUCCAGCUGCAACAGGGGGUUGGCUGCUCGCAGCUUUGCUUUUCGCAUGGCAAUUCCCUCAUUUCUUCGCUUUGUCUCACGCAGUGCGACAUGAGUACGCUGGUGCAGGAUAUCGAAUGCUGACUUCGACCAAUAUACCCAUGGCAGCGCGAGUCAGCUUGCGAUACAGCAUUGCCAUGUUCCCUAUCUGUGCCGCGUUGAGCUGGACCGGUGUGACGGACCCGGCUUUCGCGAUGCUGAGUGCUGGUGCGAACGGCUGGAUGGCCAAGGAGGCAUGGCGAUUUUGGCGACUGAAUGGUGAGAAGGGAAGCGCGAGAGCUCUGUUCUGGGCCAGCGUGUGGCAAUUGCCCAUUGUACUGGUACUGGCGAUGGUGCUCAAGAAGGGACUGCUUGGACGCGUGUGGAGCGGAAUAUUUGGCGAGGAAGACAUUUUACCUGAAGAAUGGGACGACGAAGAG